AUGCUCGACGACAGCCUCCCCACGUUUCGCUUCCAGCCCUCCUCCGACAACCCGCUGCACACCCUCCUCUACUUCACCCACAACGGCUCCGAGCCCGCCGCCGAGUACCUUCUCAAGCGCCCGCCCCCCGGCCAGGCCAAGAACCAGUACGCCCUCGGCCUCGUCGACGUCCACUACUCCUCUGUCAUCUACGGCGAGGUCCUGGUGCGCCCGCAAUGGACCCAGCCCUCGCUCUCCGCCGCCGAGUUGCGCGCCCAGGGCGGCGUGUCUACCGUCGUCCCCAUAAUCCCCGAUGCGCUGCCCGUGUCGCUCUACAACCCGGACCAGACUGUCCCGCUGCGCCUACAGAGGAGCAGCUUCAAGUCCGACUCCUGGGAGUUUGAGAUGCCCGAGCAGACCUUCAAGCCGCCCAGCGCCUCCCAGAUCGACCAGGACAGCGCGUCGGCCGGCCUCGCCGAGCUGACCCCCAAAGUGCUGUUCCGCUGGAAGCGCGACUCGCGCCUGAGCAAGGACAUGACGUGCUACAUGACGGGCCGCAGCUUCGGCGGGAAGAAGAGCAAGGAGCCUGACAUCACCAUCGCCAUGUACCACGCGUCCUCCAAGCAGAGCACAGUGACCAUCUACGAGCCCAACAUGGCUCGCGUCGAGGUCGAGGACCGCAAGGGCCUCGAGGUCGUGCUGCUGCUAAGCGCCGAGGUCAUACGCGACCUCUACCUGAUGCCCAAGCAGAACCCCUUCAACACAUCCGGCGCCCCCGUACCCGUCGGCUCGACAGAAACGCACGCCGCCACGAGUCCCACGUCAUCAUCGCCGCCGGCACAAGCGGCGUUCGCGUCCGGUGCGCUCCCACCACCACCACCAAGCUCCUCCGGCCGUCCGUCGCCAGCCGGCGGUCGCGACGCGCAGCAACAGGCUGCCAUCGACACCGAGACCAAGCGGCUGCAAGCCAUGGUGGCUGAGGAGGAGCGCAAGUCGCGGGACCGCGACCGCCGCGACCAGGAGGAGCAGCGGCGCAUCCAGGCCAUGCUGGAGCGCGAGGAGGAGGAGCGCCGCCGGCGGAAGCAGGCCGAGGUCGACGAGGAGACGGAGCGCCUGCGGCGGCAGUACGGCCUGCCGGCGGAAACGCCCUCGCUGCCGCCGCGACCCGGGGCGCAAGGCGGCAGCGGUGGGUGGUUCGGCGGCGCCUCGGGACAGGCGGCGCCCCCGCCGCGACCGAACAGCACGGGACCGCCGGGAGGGAGCGGCAGCAGCUACACGAUGCCGGCGCAGCAGGCGCAGCAGCAACACGGGCGCGCGUACAAGCUGGGCACGGCGCUGGGAUCGCUGCUGCACGGCAAGGACGAUAAGGAUCACAAGGUGAAUAAGAAGCGAAGCGUGCAUUUUUAG